ACUUAUCUCAACUUUGUACAAGCCUACUGGGAAUGUCUGGUUUUAAUUUUUAUUCCAUUUAAUAGAGUGCAGCGAUUCAGUGAAUGCAACUGGAAAUAUUUCAAAUUUGUAAAAAUACUACUAUCAAUUUCAUAAUCACUGAUAAAUAAUGUAUGCAGAUGAUGGAUGUCAGAUACAAACUAAUGAGGAAAUACCAGUUAAUACCAAUAUCUGUAUUCCUCAUCAACAACAUCACUGGAUCAAUGAUCUAGAAACAACUCAGUACUCACCUACUGCUUUUAAUCCUUCAUCCACCUAUUCAUCUAGUUCAUCACCAGUAACAGAUCCAAUAUUUCAUACCGAAAAUAUACUGAACCCUUCUGUUAUUUCCGACAAUUCACAAAGUAUAUGUUUUAACUAUACAGAAAAUUUAAAUGUACCAUAUCAGUAUAUAUGGGAUAAAGCAGAUGAUUAUUCAUUGUAUCCAUUCAGUUUUAGAUCUUGUUCUUGUGAACUACAACACAAUGAAGAGAAUUUACAUGAUGAGUCUGACUUUCAGAAUCAUCAACAAAUCACUGAUGUAAAUGGUUUCUCCGUAUAUACAUCAGAUUAUCAGUCGAUUUGUGAAACGCAAUUAGGGGAAGUGGGGGGAAAAAAUUCAGGAGAGAUAACAACAGAUCAUGUGAAUCAAUUAUCAAACGAAAUGAAAUUCUGCAAUUAUUCAGGAUAUUGCAUAUCUGGAAGAAAUCAGAAUUCAAAUACAUUUCAGGAAGAUAUGACAAGUUCGAGUUGGUUUGAUUUCCAACCCUUUUCGUCGCAUAGUUCUGCUAUGAGCCAUUCACAUAGGACAACAUUUUGUAAACGGACACCAGAUGAAUCUGUAAUAAUGCCAAGAAAUGAAAUAUUGUCGAAAACUUACAAUGACCAGUGCUUAGUUGAUUACGAAAUUCAGCCAUUACCAGUUUCUACUGAAGCAAACUCAGGAUCACCAUUUAUCCCCUCCACAUUAUCAUCGUCAAAGAGACACUCUGAUAUUAAAGUGUGUAAGCAAAAGCUAUCAAAAUCAUUUUCAAAAAAAUUGUCUGAUGAUAGUUUAACAGAGAAUUCACUGUUGGGAACUGAACUAAAAUUAACGGGUACUACUAGUAACCUUCAUGGCAAUAACAAUAAUGGAGCUGUAAUGGCGGCGGCAUCUGCAGCUUUAGCAAAUCUUCAUCACAGAGGUUCAUUACAGCUGUGGCAGUUUUUAAUCGCUUUGUUAGAUGACAAAGAAAGUCAACAUUUAAUAUGUUGGACAGGAAGGACGCUGGAAUUUAAACUGAAUGAUCCUGAAGAGGUUGCUCGUUUAUGGGGUAUCCAAAAGAAUCGUCCAGCCAUGAACUAUGAUAAAUUGAGCCGAUCAUUACGAUACUACUAUGAAAAAGGUAUAAUGCAGAAAGUAUCUGGUGAAAGAUAUGUGUAUCGGUUUGUUUAUGAACCAGAAUUGUUAUUUUCCCUUGCAUUUCCCGGUGAAGACCAAUCAAGUCAACUCCCUGUCAACUCAAUGACUACAAUAACAAAAACGAAUAUAGACAGUAAAUUGUGCCACCAAAUUAAACAGUCAACAGAAAAUGCCUUGAAUAUGCCACAUAAAAUGAAUCCAUUAGGUUGCUGUCGUCCUGCUUCGAAUAACUUCGAUAAACGGUUAAAAGAUAUCAACACUGAAUACUCACCCAUACAUCAAGUGAAAUUUGCUAUGAAGCGUAGGCAUACAGAUUCAUUAGAAGAGAAAGUUAAAUAUUUUGAAGCGGCUCGCGCUACUACUAGUGACCGUAUCAGUAGUAGUAACGGAAAUCAUUUAGAUUUAUCUCACUUUUAUGAACAUGAAAACACAGCAUCACAAGGAAAAUCACAUAAGAAUAUAAAUAUUGAAAGUAGAAUUACAUCAAAUCAAGGGUAUACUAGCAACAAUGAAAAUUUCUUAGCCAUAAAUGCAUGCAUAAAUCAAAACAGUCACAUUGGGAAAGAAAAGCAUAAUAACGAAUAUCUUAGAACAGGUGAUAUACUGGAAACAAACCUCAUGACUUGUAACAAUGAUUCUCUAACAUAUAUUGAUUGGUUUGAUAAUCUUACAUCGCAACAAGAACAACAACCUGUGCAAGAGACUACAGACUUUCUAAAUUAUUAUUAUAUGAAUAAUCCGUGCAACUAUUCAAGUUAUCAAUAUAAUUCAGAAAACUCUAUGCUGCAGACAUCAGUUGUAUGUGGUAAAAACGACGUUUCGUUAAACGACCAAAAUCAUUAUUUAUCUGAAAUACUAAAUGAAACAUAUAAUAAGGAGCAAGAAAGAUUAUCAUCGUCAUCAUCUCCACCAUCUUCAUCAUCCUUUACUUUAUCACAGAAUGAUCGCAGUGUACUGUCUACCCCUCCACCUAUUACAGCUAAUUUACAAAAUAUCUACGAAGUUAAUUAUGAACUGUUAGUAAAUAAUGAAAAGUUAUCAAAUCGUUUAUUUUAAAUAUUGCGUUUUGCACUCAAACAGAACUAUUUAUUUUGUUACAAUCAUCGGUACAUGAAUAGUUAUAAUGAUAAAUUUCACAUCGGUUUCAGUUUCAAGAAGUAUGAACUCAUUUAUGCAAUCGGUCAAUCUGGGCUAUUUUUCAAUUUACUUCAUUUAACGUUUAUAGCAAUAUUUCUAUGAGCAGCAUAGUAUUCAGCGCUGUGAAUGUUCCUAUUUAGAUGAAUAUCAUGUUCAUUUAUAACAUCUUAUUUCAUCGGUUUCUUUCCCAGUGUUUCCCUGAGAAGCAUUCAUUAUCUGUGAAUGACCACAGAAACAGACAAACCAAACUGUGAUGACUAAGUAUUACUUCAUUUAGCAUACAUAAUCUGAUUCACAAGAAGACCCAUUAUAAAAAAGUGUAUAUUGUAUGAGAGGUUUGUGAAUUUGAGCAUUUACUGAGUGCUGGCUUGUCAGUGAAUUAUUUUCCAAAAACAAUUUAUAAUUUAUAAAUAAAUAUCUUCAGUCAGU